UUCGUUGACAUGAAGGCAGAUUUUGUCACGUACAUGGUGCAAGUAAUGGUUUUGCAUGAUGUCAAUAGAUUUGCAUAUGGUUUUGUGAUUCCCUGCAAAGACUCUCUUGCCACAGUUACAAGAGUAUGGUCCUGUCCAAAGAAUACAUCAGAACUCAGAAAAGCAGUUGAAAGAAAGAGAUGCAACGACAUGAAACAUUCCUGCAAGUCUUUUGAGUAUCACUGCGUAAUUAACAAUUGGAUGAAUGAAACAAUAGAAGUAUGCGCCCCAUCUUUACUUAUUAUCGGUGGAAGGUGUGCUGAAUUCAACACGGAUAAAGCAAGCAUUCGUGGCAACUUUUUGACAGAUUGCAAGUUAUCUAGCCCUCCAUGUCCUAUAUCCUACAACUCGACAACAUCCUAUAAAUAUUUUGGCUGUUUCUCAAACAUCAUGAAUGGAAGAGUUACUACCCUUCGCACAGUAAUUUCAUCACAAGAUCUGCAGGAAGCUUCAACGUCAAAUACAGUUUAUAAGAUACGUAAAACUUCAAACAACAUAAAUACUAUAACCGUAUUUGUAAUCGUUGUUACCCUGAUAGCAGUACUUGUAUCUGGGAUGACACUUUAUUGUGUAAGAAAACAAAAAUGCAUUUUUCCAGCGUGUGCAAUAAAAGGUCCAAACAGGAGACAUGACAGGAAUCAGGACAUAAAAAAUGACAACGAAUUGGGAUUGUUAUAGUUGAUUAUUUUCAGUUUGAUCCUUAAAAACGACAAUUUAUUUCUGUUACAAUUAAAAUGUGUCUGUGAUUAUGUCUUUUCAUUCAAUAAUUUCA